AUGAUCAUAGGGUGCAGCUCAUCAUUAAAAUGGCAUUUGUUACCCCGUGUUCCGUUGGUAAUGCUGGAAACAGGAGGAUGUGUGUUCUGCCUCAUUCAUUGGUCCUUACAUGCGCUGCUGCUUGCAUAUGGUCAAGAUCGAGCUGCCGUAUCACCCGAAGUAAUGAAAUUCAACGAGCCCGAAAUUCGAAUUGCACUAAAUGUAUCAGUGUUUGGACAAGAACCAGAUUUUUUAAAAAAUACCUCUGCAAUUGCUCGGAAUGAAUUAAAGCAACUAGUCUCGAAUAAAACUUUAACAAUAGCGCAGCUGAAGGAGAAAAUUUCGGACUGGAUUGAUCAGCAGCCCAAAUAUGUUCAGGCUGAAUAUCGACAAGACAUUGAAAAUAUGGAAAUAAGUACGGAAGCAUUUUAUCUGAAGAUAGCAAAUUCAGAGCUAAGUGACGAGGCCCGAGAAGCCUACAAGACAUUGCUGAUAUAA